AUGAAGGAGAGAUGCGCGUACUGGCUCAAAUCGGGGAGUGAGAGCCAUGAGAAACUGAACAAAGCGCUGUUGGUCACGUCUCAAAUAACCAUCUCACUAGACCCAUUCCACAUGGGAAGCAAUUCAACACAUUCAAGAACAAUUCCUACGAGGGGAAUUCAGGAUUGUGAGGAGACCCUUUAUCAAGGAAAUGUGCAAAGCAACAACUUUCGUGGUCCUAUUCCUCACUUGUACAAUAAAGGAAACACAUUGAAGGUGGUUGACUUCAGUGGUAAUCAAUUACAAGGGAAGUUGGUAGUUCUUACAAAGUUGCAAGUUCUCAUCUUGCGAUCCAACAAAUUCUAUGGUGCAAUAGGAAGUUUUGAAAAGUUGGUGUUACCAAAUUUGCGCAUCAUUGACCUCUCUCAUAAUGGUUUUACAGGUGACCUUCCACAAGAAAUUCAAAGGGAAGAUUCCAAAUCUAUCGGAAACCUCAAGGGGCUCAAGGGGCUCCAGCUACUCAACCUUUCCAACAAUGACCUUACUGAGGGAAUCCCAUCAUGCUUAGGGAACCUAAUAAACCUUGAAUCAUUGAACCUUUCUCAAAAUAAGCUCUCAGGGAAGAUUCCUCACCAAUUAGCACUUCUCACUUUCCUUGAAUUUUUAAAUCUCUCAAAUAACCAUCUCAUUGGACCCAUUCCAAACGGGAAGCAAUUCAACACAUUCGAGAACAAUUCCUACGAGGGGAAUUUAGGAUUGUGCGGAGACCGUUUGUCAAGGAAAUGUGGAAAGUCAAAGGCACAACCACCAUCACCACCAUUGAACUCAGAACAAGAUAAUGAUUCAACGUUCUCAAGUACAGUUGAUUGGAUUGCAUAUGCAUGGGAUAUGUUAGUGGGAUAG